AUGAACAAGGCUCUUGUUGCUUGCCUCGGUGAAUCUGAACCCCAUGAAUGGACGAGAGAGGAAGCUAUUGCUGUUCAGAACCACAAUGGUUUGCUAUCGCAUACCCUACUUCAAAAACCUCGUAACAAUUGGAAACCAUACUCUGGCAAUAAGGAACAAUCUGAACAACACAACACAAGUAAGUAUGGAGGCAAUACCAACUGUUUUGAAUAUAAGUUAAAUAUCUUCAACAUGUAUUGCUUGCAAUUGAACAUUUCAAACAACGAAAUAAAGGCAAAGGCAUUUCCACAAAUGCUGAAAGGCACAGCGUUCCAAUUUUAUGUUACCAUCACAACAAAUCAAGUAAUUGUCUCAACAUUUGUUCAACUAUGCAACAUAAUUCGAUUUUAUAUUGAAACAGAUGAGUGGAAGCGUGCUAGAUUAACUAAAUUCAAUAGUACAUUGCUUAAAAAGGUCAUCUCAAAUAAUCCGACCAAGUCUCUCAAAGAUUGCAUGGAUCUUCUCAUUGACAAACUUCAGCAACCGCAACUCGGCCUAGCUGCUUGUCAGAGCAGCAUGUAG